AUGGCGGAUGGAUCUCUUCUAUGCGUGGUAACGAAGGCAAAAAGCAACAAAGGUGGUGACGGUGUAUUCGUCGUUAUCAAAGAGAAUACAGAAAUAAUCAGCUUGAAAUAUCGAGUGGCGGAAAGGCUUAAAAUACCAAUGCAAUCUCUUUCACUGAAGUUCAUAUGCGAAAGGGAAAAGAAAUUCAGUAUUUCAAUUGACAAUGACGACGACUUAAAUUUGAUGUUCGAGUAUUGUCGGCGUAAUGGAUUUACAGACGCGAAUUUGACAAUACCGACAGAAAAUUCGAGGUGUGCAGAUAACAUGUUCACCCAAACCAGUAAUGAUGAGCGUAUUCCUAAUGACAACCCCACCGGCGACUCGAUCAUGCUGCUGGAAGACAUGCUUAAUCACCAAACAAAGAUACCAAGUGAGUGGCACACCUCCAUACGUGAAGUUGGUCAAAAAUUUGAUAGUGCUGCUAAAGUUAGGCCAGAUCUUCGUGCGGUCGAUAUCAAGAACGACAUGCUCUCUAAUUUUGGCAUCAAGAUUAACUACAGUAAAGCGUGGUGGAGCAAGGAGACAGCUCAACAGGACCUGUUCGGUGACGAUGAUGAGGCUUACGAUUCACUGAGAUGGUAUGAAUCCAUGGUGCAUGCAACUAAUCCAGGGAGUCGUGUUGUUAUUGAUGCUGAUGACGGGAGGUUCAGGCGACUGUUCAUUAGUUAUAAUGCCUGUAUUGAAGGGUUCAUUGCUGGGUGUAGGCCUCUAUUGUUUUUGGAUGGAACAUUUAUUAAAGAUCGUUACAGAGGCAUACUACUUAGCGCUACUGGGUAUGACGGCAACCAGGGAAUAUUUCCCCUAGCUUAUUGCGUAUGCGACCAAGAGAAUGAGGUUAACUGGAAAUGGUUCUUACAAGGAUUAUGGACGUUACUGUAUGAUAGGGAAAAUCCUUACCAACCUCCACAUCGACUGGUAAUGAUUUCAGACGCCGACAAGGGUAUCAGGGCAGCAGUCGAGGAAUUCUUUCCAGAUGCAUUCCAUUCAAGGUGUGUUCUGCAUCUAGUCGAGAAUUUCAAAAAAAAGAUGAAGGAUUUUGGGCACAAGGCAAAUAUCGCGACUACGUUGGGCGAGCUGUUACAAUCUGCGGCUUAUAAGUUCACAAUAUCUGAAUGGGAUAAUGACAUGAAAGAAUUGGCAGCGAUCGAUCACAGGGCUUACGUCACUGUAAUGGAAUACUCCCCGGAGAGAUGGGCAAACGCGUAUUUUCCUGGUAUAAGGUAUGGCCAUGUUACUUCAAACGUUGCUGAGUCCUUCAACAGCUGGAUAAGAAAGGCACGAUUGUUGCGAAUCUUACCUUUGGUUGAGACCAUACGGAAGCAAAUAAUGGAGCGCAUGCAUGAAAGGAGGCUAUUGGGUCAGAAAUGGUCUGGAUACCUAUGCCCGGAAGCGGAGAUGGUGCUGAGUGAUAACAUUCAGCAUGGUAGCUGCUUGGCGAUUAAACAUUCGACGGAAGAUAUUGUGGAGGUCGAGUCCAAUAAAACUUGCCGCGUAUAUUUGAAGAAUCGGACUUGUUCUUGUAGGUCCUGGGACAUCCUUCGCAUUCCCUGCAAACAUGCGUGCGCUGCAAUUUCAUGGAUGGUACGGGAAAUUUAUCAAUAUUGCGAUUGGUACAUGACUAUUGACGCAUUCAGAGCAAGCUAUGCACCGAUCAUCUAUCCCAUCCCAGAUUACGAGAAGCGCUUUGUACUGCCAGAAGAGCGAGUGUUGAAGCCUCCUCUCACCAAAAAAAGACGUGGCAGACCAUGCACUAGACGAAUAAACAACAGGUCGCUGAACACCCGACCUGUUAAGUGCUCUCGAUGCAACAUGGAGGGUCACAAUCGUGCAAGCUGUAACGAGCCUAUAUAG